AUGCGCCAGCCGGGCAUAUUUGGACAAUUGUGUUGGGACACAUACACCAUAGUAGUGCUCGGAUUUCGCACAGCAGCCGACUCCACACCGGAGACGGUCACAAAAGCCCUCGACCGAGCAGCACUUCGACUCCUCGACGCCUACCCAUUUCUCACAGGCCAAGUAAUCAACGAAGGACGAUCAAGCACAAGCUCAGGCACCUACAAGAUUGUGCCCUACCCUCCACAUUCAGAUGGCAAAUCACCUGUUCGACCAAGAGAUUGUACUCAGCUGUGUCCAUCUUAUGAUGAGAUCCUUCGAGCCCACGCCCCUUUCUCAAUGCUCGAUGGCAGUGUCAUUUGCCCCAUGAGAGGGUUUGGCUAUGUCUAUGACCAGACUGUGCAGCAGCCGGUACUCAUCAUUCAGGCGAAUUUUGUUCGUGGUGGACUCUUACUUUGCUUCGCCUCCAUGCAUAAUGCACUUGAUAUGAACGGGCAGGGUGUGAUGAUCAGACAGUUUGCGACAGCAAUGAGGGGUGAGGAUUUUGAUCCGCAGCUUGUAGCAGCUGGAAAUCAAGACGCCGACAGUAUCGUGCCACUGCUCAAGGAAGGGGAAAAGGCACUCACCCAUGAUGAGAUGCGCGUUCCAAUCGCCGGUCCUGCUCCCCCACCGCCUCCCCAGGAACAACCGACCCAGGCCGCCUCUUGGAUUUAUUGGCGUUUUCCUCAGGACAAGGUCGCCGAGCUCAAGAAGCUUGCCACGUCAGGCUCGACGAAGCCAGUCUCCACCAACGACGCCAUCACUGCCUUUUACACCCAGCGCCUCACCGCCGUACGCAUCGCGGGCGGUCGAGUCUCGCGAGACGAAUCAAUCCGCUGUCUCCGGGCCGUUGACGCAAGAGCAAAGUUGAAUCCGCCUGUACCAAAGGGAUAUCUGGGUCAUCUAGUGGGACUCGCGUAUACAGAAUGGCCCGUCGCCGGCACGGUCGCCGAGUCCCCGCUCUCCACGGUCGCAAGCGAUAUCCGCCAGUCUCUCCAAAAGGUCGACGACCAUUACAUCCGCAGCCUGGCAACCCUAGUCACCCACGCCCAAGACAAAAGGCCCUUUUCCUAUGGUGCGCGGAAACAGCUGGCCAAGGACAUCUUCAUCUCUUCGUGGGCACAGCUGGAUCUCGCCCAAACCUGUGACUUUGGACCGGUCCUGGGUGGGAAGCCUGAUUUUGUGCGCCGCGCGAAGAUGGACCUGCUGCCUGACCUGGCGUACAUGAUGCCAAAGGAUAAGCAGGGAGACAUGGCUCUUGGGGCGUGUCUGUUCAAGGCCGACAUUGACGGCUUAGAGAGCGAUGAGGUGUGGACUCGGUAUGCGCGAUACGUGGGCUAG